GGCUUCCGGCCGAAGCGAGACUUCGGGGCGCCGCGCAAGCCCUUGGACCUCGGGGGUCGCGGCUCCCGAGCCCUGGUCUUCUUCCGAGGCGGCUCCGCGGGGGCGGCGGCCGGGGUGGCCUCCUCCUCCCAGUACCGCCGCUGUUUCUAGGAGCAGAGGAGGAGCGCUCUCACUCGCAGCCCGACCCGGAGCCCGAGCCCCACGGCGCCCGCCGCGUCCCACCCAAGGCGCUACCUUCCUCUUGGUCUGAGGGUUGUCCUUCUUGGGUGGGACACCCCUGCCCGGCUUGGGGGCUGUCUCCAUCUCGGUGAGCGACGCGAAACAACGACCCACGUGCGGAACUCCUCUCUGCAGUCCCACAGCUAAGAAACUUCCGGCCUUCAUCCAAUCAUCGCCGUACGGGAUCUGAAGCCUCUGGCACCAUCUUGUGUGAGGGCAAACCUCCGCGAGCCUCUAGGUAGGGUCGCCCGAGGAGCAGAUUCUGACCAAAUGAUGACUAACAGGCAAGUCCGGGUCCAGAAUCCUGGUAACGGGCCAGAAAGCGGAGCCCAGGUACCUUCCGUCGUUUGAGAGCCAGCGACCCCCGCCCUAGGCUUUCAUCUUCACCAUGGCUGAGCUGAUCCAAAAGAAGCUGCAGGGAGAAGUGGAGAAAUACCAACAGCUGCAGAAGGACUUGAGUAAAUCCAUGUCAGGGAGGCAGAAGCUUGAGGCCCAGCUAACAGAAAAUAAUAUCGUGAAGGAGGAACUGGCCUUGCUGGAUGGAUCCAACGUCGUCUUUAAGCUGCUGGGACCCGUGCUUGUCAAACAGGAGCUAGGGGAGGCUCGGGCCACGGUGGGAAAGAGGCUAGACUAUAUCACAGCGGAAAUUAAGCGCUAUGAAUCGCAGCUUCGGGACCUUGAGCGGCAGUCAGAGCAACAGAGGGAAACCCUUGCUCAGCUGCAGCAGGAGUUCCAGCGAGCCCAGGCAGCAAAGGCUCCUGGGAAGGCCUGACCCCCAUGGAAGGGGGAGGGGAAGGAGGGGUGAGGCAGCUCCAGGGUCCCCACUAGAAUAGCCAAUAAAAUGUAAACAAAAGCAA